AUGGCCACACCUCAUCCCAUUGCAGAAAUGAGGCAGGCUCUUCUUUCCGAUGGAACCGUAGUCCGGGUUAAUGACCAUGUCUUCCUGGCGUCGGAGCACUUGGGUGAGCCCUAUCAUGUCGGGCGUAUCAUGGAGUUUCCGGUUGUUGUGGCGGGCAAGGGGCAGCAAGCUCGAAUUGCCUGGUUCAAUCGACCAAAGGAUGUGGUGAAUCGAAAGCACCAUGAUCCUCGACUCUUGUUCGCCACCAUGCAGUCAGAUCUCAACCCAGUGAGUGCAAUCCGAGGCAAGUGUACGGUCACCCAUAAGCACUACAUUGGAAAGGAAGGACUGGAAAUGUAUCGAUCAUUGGAGGAUCAUUUUUAUUUCCAUCGUCUCUACGAUCGGUACAUGCAAAGAAUGUACGAAGUCGUAGCAUGUGAGGCCGUACAGAACGUACCUCUGGCAAUCCAGACUGCCUUAAGAGAACGGUAUCAGUUUGUUGUUGUGGAGCAAGCUAUUGCAGAUGACUUGAUAGUCGACCGAUGUAACUGCUGUAUGUGUGACGAGUGGUGUGCGAGUGCCAAGUCGGUCAAAUGUGCAGCAUGUUUAAAAAGUUACCAUAUGUCUUGUCUCAAUCCUCCUCUUCUUCGAAAGCCUUCCAAAGGCUUUGCCUGGCAGUGCGCCUCGUGUACUAGAGAAGAGCUCCUGGGAGGCUCAUCCCAGAACACGUCCACUCCGUCUGAGAGUGACAGCAGUUCGAAUAGCUCAAAGCCUGUUUCCUCCUCUCGUCCUAAACGACAAACCCGCACUGCCACGCGUGCAAAUGUCACAAAAACAACCCAAAAACAGAUCAAGAAAAGGGUCGCGCCUACAGAACCUAGACACACACCAAAAGCACCAGAAGAAAUGACAAUGACUGCAAUGUGGCCAUUCCGUUACUUCAACAUGAGCACCCAACUCCUGGAUAUUGAAUCCAACAACAACUGCUAUCCACAUGCGAAGAGUCGUAUAGGAGCAAAAUACCAGGCUGAUACCCCUGAUUUUAAGUUGGAAGAGGCCUUGGCCAUUGUCGACCAAAGUCGGUCUUCUACACCCCUGACAACAGAAGAGAUUUCCCAGGAAUCAUUUGGCAAAGUUCAAAAACGCAGGUACAAUAAGCGGGUCGGUCGACCCAUAAAACGACGUUCAGCUACUAGCCCUAAUCCUUCCAAGGAACCAGAACAGGAAGAAGUCGAAGAAGAGAAUGCCCCUAUAGCUCGUGGAACAGACGCCACAUUGAGUCCAAUGUUUAGACGUACGCAAUGGACAGAUGAUACCCAAGAUAAUCUUGAAAAAUACAUGUUAGCUGUCAAGGCCUUGCCAGAUCUCCCACUUCCCCCUCACUCAGGUGAUCUCUUGGAUAGGGCCCUGCUUGAGUACGAGCGAAGUAACUAUGAUGCCUCGACCGCACUCUCUAUCAUGGCUAGGCUCACUACAGACGACUUUUAUCAUGUUCCAGAAUGGUCAGAGGAAGAACUCGAAGCCUUUGAACAAGGAGUCCGAGAUCAUGGUCAUGAUUUCAAUUUGAUCAAACAGAGGAUCCCUAACAAGACUAUGCCUGCCAUUAUUCGAUUCUUUUACCAGUGGAAAAAGACAGAUCGAUACGAGCCAGUAUAUUCAGAGUGGACAAAAGUAUAUCGCCCGACUAAACGGAUCAAAAGAAGAGCAACUAUGGGUCAAGAUGGCCGUGUCAGCAAAUCGCCAACAGAGUCGCUGGAUUCUGAAGAUGAUAGUGAAGAAGAAACAGAUCUGACAGUUGUACCGAUCAGCUCUUACGAGCAUGCAAAUUAUCGAUGCACAAACUGCCACACAACCGAAUCUUCUAUCUGGCGCCGUCCUCCAUCUGACACAGACAGAAGACGAAAGGAAUUCAAAUUUGUAGUUUGCGAUUCAUGUGGUGUCUACUGGCUAAAAUAUGGAAAGAACAUGCCAAUCACUCCUGAAUGUCUUGCUGCUAACAAUCGUGGCCGUGGUAGACCCUUAAAAGCCCCAUUCGAAGUACCAAAAACAGAAAAACGCAAACAGCAAUCUGAAGAACCCAUUGUUACCUCGGCUUCUAAUGCAGACCUAGUUGCAGCUGUGACCAAAACGGAGCAUAUUCCUAUUCGAAAAAGAAUUAAGCUUAUUAAGGAUCGUAUCAAUGCUUCACGACAGUCCCAUGCACCAAAGCCAUGCUCUUUAUGCUCUCAUCUGGAGCCAAAAAACAAACUAUUAGUGUGUGCUGACUGCAGCAUGUCUGUACACAAUGAUUGUAUUGGUUCUGUGUCUGACAAACCUGUCCCUUGGAUAUGCGAUGUCUGUACUAAUAGACGUCAUCCUAAAGUGUCAUCUGACUAUACGUGUGUUAUCUGCCUAGAUACUGACCGUGACACUCGUCGGCCAAUGAAGCCCACUUCGGAUUACAAGUGGGCUCAUGUCAGCUGCGCGACAUUUAUUCCAGAAGUCAAGUUGGUCCAUCCUGAAACUCUUCAACCAAUUGAAUACAUCAAUGCCAUACAUCCUGCUCGGUGGCAAAAAGAUUGUGAAAUCUGUCACAACUCGAGCGGGGCUAAGGUGGCAUGUGGGGACUGUAACAAACUCAUCCACGUGGAGUGCGCGGUAAGAAACCAGUUUCAGCUUGCCUUUGAAGUAGUACAACCUCCAAAGUCCUUUUCGAUUCCACUGUUGUCCCCAGGUGCGUUUGAUCCGCACGCCUCUGGAGGUAUGAUGAUACCUCAGGUGUGGUGUCCUGAACACAGUCUUCUCCAGAAACACAUCAUUCCUCUUCACGCUAGAACCCUAGACACACAGGACUCAACCUUCAAGACGUACGCUCAUCUCUAUAAAUCAAUCGAGAGUGACUCGACAUCAGCCAUGCGAAAAAUCUAUGGAAUCAAUUACAAGUAUGCGCGCACCGGAAGUCUCAGUCUGGCCUUUCACCAUCCACGUCUCAUAAAAUCAACCAUUCCAACCGCAAGUUCCUCUCACAUCAUCCCAAGCCCUCGGCAGAGUGCCAUUGCAGCUAUGGCGAAAAAGUUUGUUCCAUCAUCUUCGCUUUUGUAA